ACUGUCGGAGCUCCGCCCCCAGCGGAGGCGGCCGAGGCCGGGGGCGUGUCCUGGGCGGGGCCGUGCCCCGCCCCGCCCGGUCGCGGAGCGGUGGCCAGCGCAGGGAGGGCCCGGUCCCGGGAUGCCACACGCAACUCAGCUGUACCAGCAUGUGCCGGAGACACGCUGGCCCAUCGUGUAUUCACCACGCUACAACAUAACCUUCAUGGGCCUGGAGAAACUGCACCCCUUUGACGCAGGAAAAUGGGGCAAAGUGAUCAGCUUCCUAAAAGAAGAGAAGCUUCUAUCAGAUGGCAUGCUGGUGGAGGCGCGGGAGGCUUCGGAUGAGGACCUGCUGGUGGUGCACACAAGACGCUAUCUCAAUGAGCUGAAGUGGUCCUUUGCUGUUGCGACCAUCACAGAGAUCCCCCCUGUCAUCUUCCUCCCCAACUUCCUUGUGCAGAGGAAGGUGCUGAAGCCCCUCCGGACCCAGACGGGAGGAACCAUCAUGGCAGGGAAGCUGGCCAUGGAGCGAGGCUGGGCCAUCAAUGUGGGUGGCGGCUUCCACCACUGCUCCAGUGACCGGGGCGGCGGCUUCUGCGCCUAUGCGGACAUCACGCUGGCCAUCAAGUUUCUGUUUGAGCGAGUGGAAGGCAUCUCCAGAGCCACCAUUGUUGAUCUCGAUGCCCAUCAGGGCAAUGGGCAUGAACGGGACUUCAUGGGUGACAAGCGCGUGUACAUCAUGGACGUCUACAACCGCCACAUCUACCCCGGGGACCGCUUCGCCAAGCAGGCCAUCAGGCGGAAGGUGGAGCUGGAGUGGGGCACGGAGGACGAUGAGUACCUGGAUAAAGUAGAGCGGAACCUCCAGAAGGCCCUCCGGGAGCACCCACCCGACGUGGUGGUGUACAACGCAGGCACUGACAUCCUGGAAGGGGACCGCCUUGGGGGGCUGUCCAUCAGCCCACAGGGCAUCGUGAAGCGGGACGAACUGGUGUUUCGGGUGGUCCGUGGCCGCCAGGUGCCCAUCCUCAUGGUGACCUCGGGCGGGUACCAGAAACGCACGGCCCGCAUCAUUGCCGACUCCAUCCUUAAUUUGUACAGCCUCGGGCUCAUCGGGUCCGAGUGCCCCAGCGUCUCGGCACAGAACUCGGACACACCUCUGCUGCCGCCUGAGGUGCCCUGACCACGCCGCUGCCCUUCUGCUCUUCUGCGCGGCCCCCUGCCUGCCUCGGCCCCGCCCGCCCCUCACUGCUUCUCCUUUUCUAACCACGGGGGCGGCGGGGGGGCGCAGCUGCCAGGAGGCGCUGAGGGGCAGGGGCCUGUCCCUGACUGGGCCGGCCUUAGGGGCAGCCCCUCCGCUCUCCCCAUUGGGUGUCAGGGGGUCUCCAGGCCCCUCUGUGGGUAGGGGCGGAAGGCAGGGCCUGAGUCCCAGAAGACCUCAUGUGGGGUCACCGUCUGACCAGACCCUGCAGAGGCAGGCAGUUUCGCAAGGAGGGAGGAUGGCAGGUGCGGCUUUGGGGGCACAAGUCAUGGGAUUUGUUCCACCCUCCCCUCCUGACAUCAGGGAGGGCCUGAAGCGCCAUGGGUGCCCGUGUGGGUGGGGCUGAGAGCUGGGUGCUGCAGGUAAGCCUCUGCGGGGGUGGGCUCUGGAUUCCCAGCCAGCAGGCAGGAGCCCUGGUCCUAGAUGUGAGGGGUGGCAGGGAAGGGGUACGAGUGGGUUUGCCCAUCUGGUAUUCCCCUUCAAUAAAGCAAGGGCUGGACCUGCUUUCCUGAGGCUCCUCGGUGGCGAUAAGGGGAGGGGAAGGCCUGAGGAGCCCCCAGUCCAUGCUUCAGCCAUGUUCUUGCCUGUUAUGGAGGGUAGUAGGUUUUGGGGGAAGAACGCUUGGCUCAGUGAUGGGCCUCAGCACUGGAGGCUUGAGGGGGCCGCCCACCCCAGUGGGGAGGGGACAGAGGAAGGUGAGGCCCAAAAGGGGACCUUGGGGAUGGGGGCAGGUGGCCAAGCUGGGACCUGAGGCCCCAAGUAAGGACCGAGGUGCUGGUGGCCAGGCUGGAGUUCCUGGAGGGAGGGCAGAGGUAGGUUGUAUGGGUAGGAUCUAGGGCAGGGCCUUGAGUUGGGGGGACUGUAGCCUCCACUGGCCUCACCCAAAGUGCCCAGGCCCUGAUUGUGCUUGGAGUCCAAGGUCCCAAGUGGGCCCUGACCUCUGGUCUUUGGAAUGCCCCAGACCCUGACCUUGACCUCAGCUCUAAUUUGACGGGGACUUCCAGGGCCCCCCAGGAGGCUGGGUGGGGGGGGAGCAUCCACCCCUCAUUCCCUGGGUGUGUUCUUAGACAGCGAUCACAGGUGGGGGGGUGGGGGGGAAAGUGGGCCAGCUGAGGCAUCCCCGUCCCCAAUCAACCCCACCUGGAGGACUCAUGUUCAUUACCAUAUGGGGGUACUCUCACAUUCUCCCACAUUCUCCCUUGGUGCUCCCUCUGCUGGGGGACGGGAGGAAGCGUUUCAGAAUCAUGAACUUUCAAAAAGACUGACCUCCUGGACUAGACCUCGAGGCACUAACCACACCCUUGGACUCCCUCACCUGCCCCCCCGCCCUUGCUGUUGGUUUCUCUGCACCUGACUGAAGGUACCUAACAUCCCCUCAUUUCCACCUGGGGCCUGCGACCUCUGGGGGCAGGCAGUGGGCUCGCUUCAUCACUGUUGAGCUUCUAUUUGUAGAGAACCAUAAAGGCUCUUCUUGAUUGGA